AUGGUGGCAUGGGAGAAGCAAAUUGAAGAACGCAGCGUUCCUGCAUGGCGUGACAAGUAUGUGGCAUACGGGCGCUUGAAAAGAAAACUUGAGCAGAUCAAGCGAAUCAAGCAGCUUGAGGCGGUUGGGAGCAGCAACAAUGAUGAUGUGACACGUGCAGCCAUGACAGACAGCGAGUGGGAUCGCAGAAUCAGUUGGACGGCUGAAAGGCCAAGUGCAGAGAACGGCGCAUCAAAUCCCUUUUUGCAGGAGGAAGCGAUGCAACAGAGACAGGAGGAGUUCAUGCAAGUUGUCGACCAUGAGUUGGUGCGGGUGGGUGAAUGGUACAAGGACAAAGUCACCGCCUUGGAGGCCCGGGUGCGACAACUCGUGGCAUCCGAAGAAUCCGAAGGUGCACAACUCUCGGGCUCUCCACAUGCAGAGGAGGUCUCGGCUUUGCAUCUCGAAGCAGUGAGGCUGACGGAGUUUGUUCUUCUAAAUGUGGAGGCGCUGCGCAAGAUCGUCAAGAAGAUGGACAAGCAGUGUGGAACUAGCUGUCAGAAAGGUUUUGUCGAGCACAGCCUGAAGCAAAGUCCCUUGGCGACCCGGUCGUCCUCGGAACCCUUCAACGGGGAGCGUGCGCGCGCCUGUCGCCGGGCGUUGGAACAGUUGGUGAGCCCUGAGCGCUUGCAGGAACUGCGCUCCUUAGCCAUGGAAUCUGGUGGAGUUGGACUGUCGAAGAAACCCUGGUCUUUGCGGCGCACACUCUUCUCCGCUGCUGUAGGGUUGCUGGUCUUUGUGGUGUCAGCUCAGUUCAUGGUGCCUUUGGAAAGGGCGCGGCGAUGCUUUGGCCUCAUGAUGUUCACUGUCGUCAUGUGGGUGUCUGAGGCGGCUCCCUUUGAAGCCACUGCCAUGUUGGUGGCACCUUUGGCAACAGCUUUGGACGUCAUGGAAGGUAGCAAAGAACAGCAGGCCAAGAAGCUGUUGGCUUCGGUCUUCAAUGAAUCUUUGUUUCUUGUCCUUAGCGGCUUCACAAUGAGUUCCAUUUUCUCCAAAUGUCAGCUGGACUGUCGCGCAGCCUGGUUCCUGCAACGGUCGCUGGGCGACAAGCCUUUCCUUUUCAUGUUAGCAGUGAUGUGGCUUGGGGUUUGGCUGUCGGCACUGCUCUCGAACGUUACCGCACCAUUGCUUUUGGUAGAGGUCUUGAAGCCGUUGCUUCGUGAUAUGCCAACUGACAGCAGAUACUCAAGAGCUUUGCUUUUGGGUUUGGCCUUCUCUUGCAAUGUUGGUGGGAUGAUGACACCCAUCUCAUCUCCUCAGAACGUUGCAUCAUUGCAGGCCUUAAGGCAGCAAGGCAAAGACAUCUCUUGGGCCGAGUGGCUGAUGCUCAGCAUCCCUUUUUGCACUCUGGCAGUCUUCGUGUCGUGGUUGCUGAUCCUCUUGGUCUACCAGUUUGACCUUUCGGAAUCGGAGGCUUCUCGCUUGCAAGCGCCAGGCAAGCUUGUCAGUAAGAUACCACCAGUGGUCUUCGAGCAAGAGGAAUUGUCCCGUGGAAAGAUGGUUGGACUUUUUGGUGCUCUAGCCACGCUUGGCGUGUUUGCUUACGCGCCAGCUGCAGAAGCAUUUGGCGGCACCUCAUCAGUUGCGCUGCUGUUUGUAGCCUUGUCCUUGGGGCUUGGGGGCAUUUCGCGGCAAACCUUCAACUCUUACAACUGGCAUCUCCUAUUCUUGAUCGGCGGAGGCAGUGCCUUAGGCUUGGCGGUUCAAGAAAGCGGCCUUUUAGAUUUGGUCACAGAUGCCAUCAAAGAGCACUUGUCCUCCAGUCCUUGGCUGCUGAUCGCGGAGCUAAUGCUGGUGAUUGUUGGUGCAACCACUUUUGUAUCCCACACAGUGGCGGCAUUGGUGCUGAUGCCGCUAGUGGUCGAGCUUGGGAAAGAGGCUGGAGUUGAUCGACUAGCAGUACUUCUUGGAGCCUUUGCAUGCUCUACAGCUUGUGCGUUGCCCAUGACCAGCUUUCCAAAUGUCAAUUCCUUGAUGGCAGUCGAUGAUUUGGGCAAGCCUUGGCUGACAGUGAAGAACUUUUUGGAGGACGCGGAAGCGGACUACACGAGUUUUGAGAAGCUUCCCAACGGCGACUUGCUGGUGGAAGGUCUCACAUUCCAGCACUUCAACAAAGCUCGCUUCCGUACUCCUCGCAGAUCUGAGAUUCUGCAGAGUCGCUUGAAAGACCUGGAGGAAGUGAAGAGCUGGUAUGCGAUCGUGAGCAAGGGCUCCAACGUCUUCAUGCAUCCAAAGUCUUUUCCAGCGUCCUUCUGCAGGGUUGCGGCAGCAUUCAAGAAGGGGACCAUUUUGACCAAGCUCGUGAUUGGAAGUAUACUGGACUUUGUGGACUUCUUUGAGUUCAACCGAGAGAGGAAGCCAGGACUUCCCUUUUGGGAGCGCUCCAUCGACAUUUUUGGGCGACCACAAUCCAACGUCUUCUUCCAGAUGCAAAAGCUUUUGAGUUCCUUUGAGAAUGAGCUGGCUGAGCGGGACCCGUCGUCGCUUCCAACGACUCCGUUCCAAGCUGAAGUGAAGGAACCCAAAGCCAACAACACCUGCUGGGCUGUAGAGCCGAAGGCAGCUGGAGGAGAAGGUGGAGAUGGAGAAGAUGAAGUCCCAGAAGCCGAGUGUGAUGAAUAUUGA